AUGAGCCCAGUGCAAAUGAAGGUGUUGCCUCAAGCAGUCCUCCAAAGCCCAGGGGAACAUCCCAAGUUCAUGGAGCAGCCUCUUUGCCCCCCAUUAGAGUCUGCAAGGAUUCAUUUGAUCAAAGACAAAGAUGCCAUAGAUGAUUAUUUGGCGAAGAAUAUCAAAGGGGUGUCAACACAAGAAGCCGCAGCUUACAGGAAUUCAUACAAGAAGAACAUCUGCAUAGACAUGCUGCGCCGGGGUUAUCACAAGUCCUUCUCUGAGCUCCUCACUCUGAUCCAGAAGUGGAAUGCCUUCAGGGAGGCUGCAGGGCCUGGGUCAGCCAUAUGGCAUGAGAAGUCCCUGGAGGAGCAGCCUGAUAAGCUGGAUCAGCUUUCCCACUUCCUGACCGGGGCUGAGGCAGCCCGGCGAGCAGGGCACUAUGAGAAGGUGUAUGAUAACCAGCUUAGCUUGGCCUGCUGUUUCAAUGACCCUGAGGACAAAUGGUUGAGUAACUACUUCUAUGAGCAAAGCUAUCACACAGCCCAAUUAGUAGAAAUUGAUGGUGGGAAGAGAAAGGCACAAGGAUAUCUAAACAUGGGCCUCCUUGAAGAGGAAGAAGGUCAUGUCACAAAAGCUGCUAAGCAUUUUGAAACCUUUUAUGUGCUAACAGAGGGCACAUCCUGGAAGGAUGAGACAGGCCACACUUACACUUCACUGGCAUGUCAGCAUCUCUGGAGAAUUUAUACAUUGCUAGCAGACAAAAUGCUGGAAAAUAAACAACACCAAGAGGCCAUCAAAAUGCUAAUAAAAGCUUUAAAGAUGGCCAAAGAAGGAGGUGAUAUAAAGAUGCAUGGAGAAGCAGCCUAUUGCUUAAGUCUGGCAUAUCAUUUUUGUGGAGAAAAUGAGACAGCAUUAGCAGUUUUGAACACCUCUGUAGAAAUCUUCACAAGCCUUUGUGAUUCUGCUGGCCUGGGCAGAGCAUAUGCAGCUGUAGCCAAGAUCCUGGCAAGUCAGGGAAAAUCAAGUGAGGCUGUGAAGUACUUGGGAGAGUUUAUGAAGGAUGCUGAGAGUGCUAAUCUAGGCCAAAGCCUGGUGGAUGCAAAUCUCCUACUUGGAAAAGUUCACAAUGAAAGAGGGAACUAUAACGAAGCUCUGGAACAUUUCAGUCAGGCCUCUGAGGCAGCGAAAGCUUUGAACAAUUUGCCCUUGGUGGCUGAAACAGAGAGUUACUGUGGCAUUGCCAAGGCUCAUCAGCUGAUGGUGCCGUUCAACAGCCACGUAGCAGCAGCAGCCGAUCCCCUCAGCCUGCAGUGCCUGCUGGCAUGGAAGCAAAACAGAAGUGACAUGUGCACUGACCCUCUUCCAGGCGGUGACGAGAGAGCCCCCGGGUGCGGGCAGGGGAGCGUGGGUGCCGUGCGGGGCCGGGGCUCGUGUUCAGCCUCUAGAGGGUGCGCUUUGAUCCCUCUUGAUCACACAACAAUUUGCUGUGACAAAAGCGCCGAGCGAGCGGGUGAGCGCAGGCACUUACGCGUGAGCAGCAGCAGCAGCAGCAGCACACGCUGCCGAGGCGAGGCUCCCGGCGUAUGCAAUAAACCCUUGCAGCCCGUGUGUGCCCGGCAGAGAUGGAACCUGCCUCCUUUUUUGUCACCGAACCGGGCGUUAGAUAUUCAAUCAGCAUUUAGAUUUAUGCUUCAAAUGCUCGUGAAAGAGGAUGCUCUCCUUGGCGUGCCUGUCAGCAUUGAUGCUUGUGUGCGGAGAAAUGCAUGUGUGCCAGAAAUGAAGGAUGAGGUUCUGGUUGUCCUAGAGUUAUUACGAGUGGGAGAUUAUACGGACAUAUAUGGUAGUGAUGAACAGAGAUCAGAGAGACCCGAACAUCAAGGGGAAGGAGAAAUGGGAAUUAAGAGAUCAAAGACUGUAGAGGAACUGGAGGGAGAGUUGGCUUUGUCUUCUCUGCCAAAAAAGCUCCUCAGGGUAACCAAGAGCAAGUUUGGCUUCUACCACAAGAGCAAGCAGACAUCCUUUGCUCAGAAGUUUGCUCAGCAGGUCCCCCCAGGACUUGUCCUGCCUUUAGGAGACAGCAAGUGUGAGCCCUCUUUUGACACAGGCCUGGAGUCUCCAGGAGCUGAGGAGGAUCCUGGGGGGGACAAGUCUCAAGUGAUGCCAGCAGCUGCUCAUUCUCCAGCUCAGUUCUGCAACUUGGUCUCCUGCAGCAUGGGAGAUGUGGGACAGAAAACCAACAUCCAGCAGAUUUUCAGUAGCACAUGGGCGAGCCAGAGACUGGGAACUGGAGCAUCCUAA